ACCGUCGCAUUAUGUAGAAAAUUAUUCUAUAUAAUAUUCCGUAAUAUUCGGGUGUCAGGAUAAUUUCAGGAAUAGUAUUAUUCAAUGCAUUCUUUAUCACUCAUGAAUAAUGAAUUAUGAGGGAUCAAUAUUGCGGAGCGGAGCUGCUGUGUCUAGACACCUAACGUGUGAAAUACUCCCUCGAUGUCAAAUCCUAAGAAGUUGUCCCCGUUAAUGAUCUCAAAAUGCCCUCAAAAAUCGAAGAUAUCAAUGAAAAUAAACUGAUUGACGAAGAUUUCAUGGCCGCUGGCAAUUUGUUAAAAUGGCUAAAAUGGUUCUGCACAAUCGGAGGCCUCUGGCCCCUCGAAAAUACGUACAUUAGGGCUGGCGUUUGGACACUGUAUCUAACAUUGCAUUUGGUGAUGGAGUAUGUCGAGCUUUUUGCAGCUUUUGGAAAUUUUAAUGCCACGGUGUUCAGUGUGGUUGAAGUGAGCAUGCAAACUAUGGUAUAUGCUAAGCUGAUUGUCUUCCGGCAUAGUCCAAUGCUACGAAGGUUGAUUGACGCAACGAAAGAUGAGUUAGCUGAGAGUCUUUAUGAAAAUUAUGAGGAGAAGAAGUUGUACCUGAAGUACAAUUCCCUGUCGAAAUUGUACUACAAAGUUUCCAUUCCGUAUGUGAUGACGGCAGCAUCUGUGUAUUAUAUGAGACCUAUCGUCACUUCGCUUCUCAUUGGCAAUUUUGGAAGCAAUGACUCCAUGAUACUUCCCUUUCGAAUAACAUUACCAUAUACCAUCGUCGACACACGCAUGUAUUGGAUGACAUACGCCUAUCUGUUACCGAUGAUAUAUUUACUGGCGUGUCACAACGGCUGGAUUUGCGUUCUCAUCACAGUUCAACUGCAUAUCUGCGGACAAUUGUCGAUUGUGGAGCACAGAAUAAGAAACAUUGUGCAUGUAACUGAUCAUGAUGCAAGCCAUGCAAUAUUUAAAUCUUUGGUUGAUCGGCAUAGCAAAUCCAUUUGGAUGGCUAAAACCUUCGAUGACAGUUUUCAUUUCAUUCUCUUAGUGGAUCUCAUUGUCAUGACUCUUCUACUAGGAUUAACGUCUUACGUUAUCAUAAUUGGACACGGAGGGGUGGAAAGUUCAACCGGGCCAGUCUUUGGUAUCGCUGGGACUGCAACUCUUCUUCUUAUCUAUGGCUAUUGCAUCGUAGGAGAGUCCCUCAUCUCCGAGAGCAACAAAGUUCAUGCCGCUUACUACGAAUGUAUGUGGUACGAAUCAUCAGCCAACUUCAAGAAAGCUCUCAUGAUCUGUAUGCUUUCAUCGCAAGAACCCCUUCGCAUGACAGCUGGAAAAUUUUUUGUCUUCUCGUUAACGGGCUUUACAGAUAUUCUCAAGACUGCAAUGGGAUAUGUCUCCAUGCUGAGGAAAGUUUCACAAUGAGCCUACAAUUAUUCACAUAUAUUUAUCAAUUCUGUCGUCCAAAAUGUUCUUUCACUCAAACUAUUUUCUAUAAACACAAUACUUUCACAAUUGUUUUGCUCUCUAAUCAUUAAUUGAUAAGUCAGGAGCAAACAAAUACCCGAUUUACGACAGCCCAAGUACAUAAAUUAAGUUAGCCACGUAGGUCAUCUGCUAACAUCCUGCGUAAAACUUUUUCUCCAUUAGUUAAUGUGUUCGGAUCGAAACAUCCAAAUAGGGUGUGCGAAGCGCACAUUCGGUCUCAUUCAUAAUCAUUCCAGCCAGAAUUAUCCUAAGUAUCGUGGAUGACAUUACAGGUAAACAAAAGUGGAAUCUCCAUGCACAUUUUUCCGAGAACCCCGUAAAAAAAAUAUGUGUUUAGUCAAGUGAAACGACGGCGAUUUGUAAGAAUCGAUUGGGCAAAUAAUCCCGGGUCGAUUUUUAUGAUUGCAAGCAAUAAGAAACAUUAUGACAUUACAUUAUGGAAUUGCUGCAAUUCCCAUGGAUUUUCAAAACUGAUGGCCAACCUCAGUAUGAUUCUUCAGUCUUUGAUGAUCGUUAAAGCCAACAACUUUUGGCUGGGAUACUCAGAAUGGUGAUAUGUUAAUUUAUCUAACGAUCAAACGUCGAAUGCUAUCGGGACAGUUAAUGAUCUAGCCUUUUGAUUUUAGAGCCAUAUCAUUCCACGUAACUUCAACCCUUCCUCUUUCCUCUAGCCCAUUUCAAUCUACAGUUCUUUCACCCUUACUUCAGAGAAAGUCUUGUAGUGAAGAGAUAUUCUUUUUAAUUGUGUUUAAUGCUGUUCAAUCAAUUACUUCAUAUAUUCUCCUUCAUAGUUGGAAUGUAUCCGAACGUGUAGGAGUUAAUUUUAUGAUGAUUUGUGUAACAGUAAUUAAUAUGUAUGUCUAUUCAUCAACUGCAAUUUGUAUGCCCAUCAAGUAAUUGGGAUAGUCCUUUUGUUGUCCUUCAUUCCCAGUCAGCCCUAUUUGAUUUAAUGGAAUGGAAUAGACAGGUUGAUAUGGGAAUGAAAUGGCUCCAAAUAACGUGGACAGGACAAAUUCUAUUAUAACACUCGGCAAAGUACAAUAAUUUUUUGACUCAAUUCUUGUCAUCAUAUUUCAUGCAUUUGCUUCGUGAUAAUUCUUCCAGGAAGAUCAACUUAAAAUAGCGAAGCAAUUGUUCAUCUGGCAUCGAGCGACCUUUCGAAUAGUGGGAUUAUGGCCAUUGGAACCAACAAUUUGGCUCUUUCACACCUGGUUUUUGUAUGAUGC